GUUGUGACCUUUCAUUCCCUAGCAAUAAACUUGUCUCUGGAGAUCACUGUAAAAUUGUGGUGGAUGAAAAAUCUGGUCAGGUGAUGCUGGAAGAUACCAGUUAUGGAUAUCCAAAGUCCAUCAUGGGCUCACAGAGCUAACAUCAGGGCCUGACCAAGGCUGACUCCUUCUCAAGGCUUCAGGAGAGUAUCCUUUCCCUCCCUUGUCCAGCCUCCAGAGACUUCCCAUGUUCUUGGAAGAGCACCAAUGGAACCGUGAUUAACAAGGUGAAGGUUGUUAGGAAGCAGACUUGUCCUUUACAUACUGGAGAUGUCAUCUACUUGGUGUACAGGAAGAAUGAGCCAGAACACAAUGUGGCAUACCUCUACGAAUCUUUGAAUGAAAAGCAAGGCAUGGCACGAGAAUCUUGUGCUGUUAAUCAAGAAAAUACACUCCACAUGACCAAAGAUACCUCAGGUACAGGGCGAGGUGCUGAUCCCCAGGUCCCGCCAUCAUCAUCCACCACUCAGGCAUGCUUUGAGGAACCACAGCCAUCAACAUCAACUUCAGACCUCUUCCCCACUGCCUCUGCCUCUUCCAAGGAGCCUGCUCCUGCGGAGCCAGACCAUUCCUGCAGCUCUGGGUCCAUGGGUGCAGGCAUCUCCCUGAAAGGAUGUGGUCCACUCGUAGCAAGUGAUGAAAUGACCAGCUUUUCCUCAACUCUCCCAGACAGAGAGGAGCCAUCCUUUUCUUUGCUGGAACACCAGGAUCCGGAUGAUCUGGAGCCCAUUAAAAAGAAAAUGAGAGGAGGUUCGAGUCUCAUGUCCUUGCCCUCUGUGAAUGCUCAGGAGCACAUCCUGCUGUGGACGAUGGUGCUGGAUGGGGAGCUUGACUUGAGCCUGCAGCCAUUGGCCACAGACCAGUGUAGGAAUGUCCAGACCAUCCCUGAGGGGGUCAGAGCUGCGGCUGUGAAGCCAGACAAGAUGGAAGAGACACUCACAUGCAUCAUCUGCCAGGACCUGCUGCACGACUGUGUGAGCUUGCAGCCUUGCAUGCAUACGUUCUGCGCAGCGUGCUACUCUGGAUGGAUGGAGCGUUCCUCCCUGUGUCCCACCUGUCGCUGCCCGGUGGAGCGGAUCUGUAAAAACCACAUCCUCAACAACCUCGUGGAAGCAUAUCUUAUCCAGCACCCAGACAAGAGUCGCAGUGAAGAAGAUGUGCGAAGUAUGGAUGCCAGGAAUAAAAUCACUCAAGACAUGUUGCAGCCCAAAGUCAGGAGGUCCUUUUCUGAUGAAGAGGGAAGUUCAGAGGACCUGCUGGAGCUGUCCGACGUUGAUAGUGAAUCUUCAGAUGUUAGCCAGCCCUACGUCGUGUGCAGACAGUGCCCCACGUACAGAAGACAGGCAGUGCAGGCUGCUCCCCGCCCAGUACCCAGCAGCGAGCCGGGUCCCCUGCAGGCCCUCGGGGACGCACCUUCAACAUCUGCCACCUUCAGCACAGCAGCCCAGGGUUACGUGUGCCCCGUGCAGGGGAGCCACGCCAUAUGUGCCUGCUGCUUCCAGCCCAUGCCCGACCGGAGAGCCGAGCGCGAGCAGGACCCCCACGUGGCCCCUCAGCAGUGUGCAAUCUGCCUGCAGCCCUUCUGCCACCUGUACUGGGGCUGCACCCGGACUGGCUGCUCUGGCUGCCUGGCCCCGUUCUGUGAACUCAACCUGGGUGAGAAGUGUCUGGAUGGGGCAUUGAACAACAACAACUAUGAAUCAGACAUCUUGAAGAAUUACCUGGCGACUCGGGGUUUGACAUGGAGAAACCUGUUGACGGAAAGCCUUGUAGCUCUUCAGCAGGGAGUGUUUCUUCUGUCUGGAAGUUUAAUCACAUCUGUGAACAGACACGGUUCAAGCACUGAGCGGCAGGCAGGGGCCCUGGAGAGCUGCGGAGCAUGGGCUUCAGAAACAGCGAGCACAGACGUUUUAGGGGCAUUUUUAUCUUUGCCCCCAGGGACACUGGGGGUUUCUGGUCCAGUAGUCUGGUGUGAUUUUUCCUUCUGCGGUGCUUUACCUGCCCAGAGAGGCCCAGGAAGUGGGCCUGGAGGCCCUGGGGGCAUAGCCCAUGCUCUAGGCCCGCGCUCCCCUCCCAGGUGUGGAUGCAGGUUUGCUCUUCCUGUCCCUUUUCCAUAAAGACCAUUAAAACAGAAAUCUCUUCAGAAAGGAUUUCAUGGGAGAAAAGGGAGAAUUUAUCAAGAGCAUUCUGUUUAAGGAAAAUGGAGCAUAUGUUUAAAGCCUACAGGAUGUACAGAAUAUUCUGCUGUGGGGAAGACCACCACAUUUUUAUAUUUUUUAUUUUAUAGGUUUGGUGCUUAUAUUCUAAUAAGACUUAAAUAUCACAAACCGUAGCACAAAUAAUAUAAUUUAUAAUUUACAAAAUGA